AAGAAAGCUCUGGAAAACACUGUCGUGGAUCUAAAGGCUGAGAUUGCGCGGCUGGAAGCAAGAGUGAAAGAGUUGGAUGAAGAGUGCGACCGUAUUGACAACGAUUUGCAAGCUGCGAAUGAAGACCGAAAGCAGAAAGCGUUGGAGCUAGCUGGGCUCAAGUGUCAUGCUGAAGAAAGAUUGAAAGAGCCGGAACGAUUGAAAGACCUGGAACAGAAGCUUGAAAAUUUUCGGGCUGAAAAUCGGUCGCUUUAUCGCAAGAUCUCCACCUUACAGGCUGCCAACGAACGUCAGGGCAUUUCGGCUGGUGGUGGCCGA